UUUAUCUGCAGUGGCUGUCAGGUGUCGGAAGAGACUUGGGCUGAGCUGACAGACGCUGGUCUCCACCAGGGGGCGAGAGUGCUCCGUGUUAUUUCACUAUGUCCACCAGGAGGCGCUUCCGCCCCUCUCCGGCAGUCCUGGACAGGGAAGCCGCCCCCGGAUCCACCCCGCCCGCUUGGGAGAGGCACAGCUAUUUGCAUACUCUUGAAAGGGGUGCGCUGAGUGGCUAGAGUAGAGAAGCCAAAUUUGAAACGGGCUCUCUCAUUGGCUCCAAUGCCACCUCGCUCAGCGUCUCCCUUCGGGCCCGACGGGGCCGGGAGGUCAGUAGGAAGCCCUCGGCUAGUGGCGAGAGGACCCAGGUGUCCGGGCAGGGGUCUCCGCGGGAGUUGCGCAAAAGUAGGGUCCCAGGGCUCAGAGCAGCUGGAGAUGGGUACCGAGAAAGAAAUCCCGGAACCGGACUGCCAGAAACAGUUCCAGGCCGCAGUCAGAGUCAUUCAGAACCUGCCUAAGAACAACAGUUAUUACCGCCCCUCCUAUGAAGAGAUGCUUCGAUUCUACAGCUACUACAAGCAGGCUACCAUGGGGCCCUGCCUGGUCCCCCGGCCUGGGUUUUGGGACCCCAUUGGACGAUAUAAGUGGGAUGCCUGGAACAGCCUGGGCAAGAUGAGUAGGGAGGAGGCCAUGUUUGCCUACAUCACUGAGAUGAAGGUGGUGGCACAGAAGGUGAUCGACACAGUGCCGCUGGGCGAGGUGGCAGACGACAUGUUUGGUUACUUUGAGCCCCUGUACCAGGUGAUCCCUGACAUGCCGAGACCCCCGGAAACCUUCCUGCGAAAGGUCACAGGUUUUGAAGAGCAGGUACUGAAUGGAGAUACUGGGACUACCCCAGAGUCUCCCUGCCUUCCCAAGGAACCAGCGCCCCCAAGCCCAGAGUCUCAGCCACCCAGGGACCCGGACCCCGAGGUUUUCUGUGAUUCCCUGGAGCAGCUGGAGCCUGAGCUGGUGUGGGCAGAGCAGAAGGGCGCCCCUGGAGGAGAGCCUGACAGCAGACACAGCCCUGUGCCCCCAACAGGGAAAGAGGGGUUGAGAGGCAGCCUGCCGGGGCCCCAGGAAUUGGACUCAUGGCUGGUGGGGACAGUUCGAGCGCUGCAGGAGAGCAUGCGGGAUGUCCAGGGGCGACUGCAAAGCCUGGAGAGCAUGCCUGCCCCCCGCGAGGAGCCGAGGCUCCCAUCCGGUGCUCGGCCUUCGUCCCCCAGGCUCUCAGGUCCCACGCUGCUCUUCUUCCUCCUGUGGCCCUUCAUUGUCCAGUGGCUCGUCAGGCAGUUUCGGAUCCUGAAGAGGUGAUUCUCAAUGGAGGAGUCUGCAGCCAACGAAGGAGGCUAUGUGCCCCCUGUCCUGCUGUGCCCGGAGCCUGCCAGGGUUUAAGAGAACAGCAUUAACCCCACCCGCCACCACUACCAAUCAGUGUUUGCCUUGGCACCCCUCCCCUAAUGGGGAGCACGGCAAAUAAGACCCCACCCUUCCCGCAGCUUCACGGGAUGCUUCCACCGCCCCCCCUCCCCGCACCCCUCCCCCUUCCCCAGUCCAUCCCGGGUUUCCUGGGAAGGCUGCAGUGGCAGUGCCCGUCCUGGGGGCGGGGCUGCCCAUCUCUGCGUCUGCCCGCCCCAACCCUGGGUCACCUGACUUCUCCCGGCCCAGCCCCUCCCCGCGGAGGCCCGGCUGUCGGGCAGGUUGGGUUGGGCCGGGUCCUGGGAUUGGUUGCCUGGGGGCUGGGGGCGGCCCCGCCGAGCUGGGGGAAGGCAGAGAGCAGGCCCCGGGAGGGCGAGCGCCCCGAGUGCUGGCCUUCCUCUCCCGCGCACACUCAGGACGUCUUCUCUGAAGAUUCACUUACAAAUGAAUGUUUCACUAAAUAAAAUAAAACAAUCUUCUGCCAUCU